GUGCUGUGUGGAAAGUGUGGAAAUGGACUGGGUCACGAGUUUGUAAACGACGGUCCAGCUAAAGAUGAGGUUGACGGACAGUAAAGUGAGCUGAUAAAUAGGAGGAUCAGACGUUUGUCUUUGCUGAUGAAGGUGCGGGCAGUGAAUGAUGGAUUCUGGGACAAAGUCCUUUCAGGGAACACCAGGACUCUGAUGAACAGUGACCUCACCGGACAGCAAGGAAACAACUUGAACUAUGCAGUCACCGCAGACACAACAAAUAGACCCACUUAUUAAACCCCACCAUUCCUGCCUUAGUAGUUUUACAGUGAUCAACACUAUGACACAAGAAUCAAUUUGAAU